UUAAUUAUAAUCUGCCCAACAAACGUCAAUGCUUUCAUGAUAAAGUGAGAGCGUGUUAUCGCGGAACGUUUGAUAAUUUUGUAAAUACCGCGGCUCGCAUCAUAGAUACCUCUCGUGCUCACCUAAUUUCCGUCAGGAAUGCCGAAAAGAAAACGUUUUUUCCAAGUUUAAGUAGUCGUCACGCGUUCCCUCGUUAAAAAUGUUCAACUCUUGUUUAUUGAGGAGAUUGCCCUUAAGUAACAAAUUUUUUCGCCGAAAUUUAGCGUUCUACCCCAUCGAUGACGUCACUUAUGGGUUAAACGAAGAGCAGCAGAAAUUACGGCAGAGUAUUUUUGCUUUAGCUCAAAAGGAGCUUUACCCCAAGGCAGCGGACAUUGACAAAAAUAAUAAUUUUCCUCAGUUUAGGGAUCUUAUGCAAAAACUUGGUGAUUUCGGUGCACUAGGCAUCACUGUGGAGAGUGAAUACGGAGGUUCUGAUGGAGGCUACUUGGACCACAUCAUCAUCAUGGAAGAGCUAUCCAGAGCAAGUGGAUCAGUCGGACUCAGUUACGUAGCGCAUUCAAAUUUAUGCGUGAAUCAAAUAAGGCGACAUGGCAGUGAAGAACAAAAAAAGAAAUACUUACCUAAACUCUGCUCAGGAGAACAUAUCGGAGCAUUGGCUAUGUCAGAACCAGGAUCAGGAUCAGAUGUAGUUUCGAUGCAGCUUCGAGCAGAAAAAAAGGGCGAUCACUACGUUUUUAAUGGCAGCAAAUUCUGGAUCACGAAUGGCCCUAUUGCAGAUGUUCUUGUUGUUUACGCAAGAACAGAUACUAGUGCCUCUAAGAAACAACAUGGAAUAUCUGCUUUUAUUGUGGAAAAAGGUUUCAAGGGCUUUAAGGCUGGUCCCAAACUGGAUAAGCUUGGAAUGAGAGGAUCUGAUACUGGGGAGUUAAUAUUUGAUAAUUGCAAGGUUCCAGCUGAAAACUUGCUUGGCCAGGAAAAUAAAGGUGUCUAUGUUCUAAUGAGCGGUCUUGAUUUAGAAAGGCUUGUCAUCGCAGCUGGCCCUGUUGGUUUAAUGCAAGCUGCCUGUGACAUAGCGUUUGAUUAUGUCCACGAGAGAAAGCAAUUUGGACAGAAGCUAGGAGAAUUCCAACUUAUUCAAGGCAAGUUAGCAGACAUGUAUGUGAAGUUGAGUUCUUCUCGAAGCUAUUUGUACACUGUUGCACGAGCAUGCGAUCAAGGAAAAAUUAAUAGCAAAGACUGUGCUGGAGUUUUCCUUCAUGCUGGGGAAAAAUGCACACAACUUGCCUUGGAUGCCCUGCAAUGUCUAGGUGGCAAUGGCUACAUCAAUGACUACCCCACUGGCAGAAUAGUCCGAGAUUCAAAACUCUAUGAAAUAGGAGCAGGAACUAGUGAAAUAAGGAAAAUAGUCAUAGCUAAAGCUUUAAAUGCUGAGUAUUCAUAGUGAACCAAUUUUCCAGCUGAUUGUUUGUGUUUCCUCUUAAAAGUUACCGGCUAUGGAGGGUAAUAAAUAACUAAUAAAUACAAUUUUAUUUUCAAUGAUUUA